AUGCAUUUCUCGGGGCCGCAACAGCGCUCGACAUACACACUCCUUUUCGUCAUUGUUCUGUGCGGCGUUCUUUGGACUGGCUACUUUCUAGGCACAGACCGUGAUCGGCUUGGUUUCCGCCAGCUGGGGGAAUCGUCUUUCGCACAUCAUCCAUCGCCUCCAGGUCAAGCAACUGGAAAACCCCUUGGUUUCCCCUACACGCAUGCGGCCGAUGUGACCAUUCCGGCGGGCGUUAAGGUCAUUGGGCUGGUGUUCUUUGGACGAAGAGAGCUGGUCCAGGUUCUGGACUGCUAUCUGAAGAGGAAUCUUAAAGCAUACGGAGGUCUCCUGGAUGAAGUCAUAUGGUCAGUCAAUACUAAAAUGGAAGAUGAUCUGGCGUACCUCGAGGAAUUGGUGGCGUCAAGCCCGCAUUACAGGAAACACAAAGCCACGAAGAAAUACGAUUGGUAUAUUGGUUCUUGGGAGGCAGUGGAUGAUCCUCAUGCCAUCUACCUCAAAAUCGACGACGAUGUGGUAUAUUUCGAGGACAACGCGAUCCCCGCCAUCGUCAAACGGUUGCUCGAGAAUCCGCAAUAUUUCACCAUAUCUGCAAACAUCGUAAACAAUCCAGCUCUCUCAUGGGUACACCGCAACAUGGGCGUUUAUGAAGGCUACUAUCCUGAAAUGACCAAGCCCUCUCACUCACCCCCCAAAAAUUCGUGGCGAGCAUCCCAGCUCCCCUCCUACGAAGGGCCACUUGAAGGGCCUGAAGGCUUCGCCAUUAAUGGCUCCACCGCAGCCCCAUUCCAAGGCCACCGCUGGCUGCCCGUCCGCCUCGCCCAAGACAAAACCUACGAUAUGUCCCUCUCACCUGCAAGUCUCCUAACAUAUGACCCCUUCGGACCCGGUCUCAGCAGCUGGACCGCCGCAGCUCAAACCCACUAUUCAUUCCUCCACCAUCUCCAGCAAGGCGAUACCUGGCGGUACAAAUUUGACACCUGGGAUUUCAACUACUUGCGCCUCUCCAUUAACUUCCUCGCCAUCCGCGGCAAAGACGUCAUGGACGUGUUCCCCUUCCCUCAAAAAGACGAUGAGGAUUACCUGGUGUGCACACGGCCACAACAGCUGCGACGGCGUGUGAUCAUCGAUGGUACAGCACUGGCUGUCCAUUUUGCGUUUAAUAAUCAGUAUACGGCGUUUGGUGGGAAAGGCGUUAGAUGGACGGAUGCACUAGACAGGUAUAAGGCGUAUGCGGACGAGAUGAUUUGCCCUGGUUUACUGAGACCGGACGUGAAGCUUCCCAAGGUUGAGGUUAGUUAA